ACUUUCAUGACCUCGAGGAAACGCCGUGCUACGGCUCUAGAUCCUAGCCGCUCGGUGUGGAGCACAUCACCUCGUCCGUCCCCCCGCCACCACCGGAAAAAUAAGGGAAGUAUCAGUCGACAGCACCCUCUAGCCAACGACACCACCGAUGGGUUUCAAGAUAAUCAAAAUGGGGAAGAGGAUGAUGAUGAGGAGGACGAGGGGUGGGGUAUGGUCGAUCGUAUGAGACUGUGGCGACACGACGCCAUGAUGCAACAUCUCUACGACACUGCGAUAUUCUGGGGUGAUAAGGUCCUCAGCUGGACGGAGGAUCCCAAUGAUGCCUUCUGGCUCGCUCAAGUGUAUUUUAUGGGAGAUCAAUUCUCUCGUGCUGAAACCCUCCUAACAAGGCCCUUCCCCGUACGCCCCGACGAGGGUGGGGCACAUGGGCGUCCAGCUAUGGGUAACCAUCCAUAUCCGCUACAGGACUUUAACACUCCAUACCCUCAUCCGUUCCAUGCUUCGGCUGCCAACCUUAAGGGGAAGGGCAAAGAGAAAGAACAUAUGGGUCCUGUCGUACCCGGCAGGCUACCAGCGGGCAUGAUAGAUGUGACCGCCCAGGGUCGUUCGAACGUGUCGAGAUUAGUUGACAUGAGCGUCGCUUGCCGCUACUUAGCGGCUCAAUGCCAGGUCGAACAGGGAAAGUGGCAGGCGGCUAUAGAAAUGCUGGGAGAGUCAAAUCCUUUCAAAUCAGCAGGUACGUUACUCCCAGCCUUAUCAUUCGUCGAAGCCUCCAUGUGCUACCUUCGAGGUGUUUUGAUGCAGAAGCAUAAUCGGCACGAGAAAGCAAAACAUUGCUUUAUGGAGGCGCUCACAUUGGACGUCAAGUGCUAUGAAGCGCUUAAUCGGCUUGCAGCCUCUCAAAUGAUGACUCCGGAUGAAGAAUGGGAAUUUGUGCAGGCUCUACCAUACCAGGAGCAAGCGCAAGAAGACGCCGAGUUCGUCCGUCUGAUGUAUCUCUCACGCCUUCGAAAGUAUAAGCAUGCAGAGGAGCAAACGACCGUGUUACGACGAUUAUCACAAGAGUACGCCCUAACGGAUAAUCCGGAUGUCUUGUUCGCCUUCGCAGACCAGGCCUACGCACAAUUCCGCUGGGCUGAUUGCUUCGCCAUAACCAGCAGAAUCCUAGAUUUAACGUCAAUUCAUGAGCCUACCAUGCCGCUGCAUAUUGCUUGCAUGUACCACCUCCGAUAUCUACGCUCGAAGCUAUUCGUUCUUGCGCACGACUUGGUGAGGAAAGAGCCUGAGAACGCGAUUAGCUGGUACGCAGUGGGUGUAUGGUAUUUGAGCUCUUCCCAGUACAAAGAUGCACGCCAGUACUUUGGGAAAGCAUCUCUCAUGGACCCGAGGUUCUCUCCGGCGUGGAUAGCAUUCGGUCACUCCUAUGCUCUCGAGGGGGAGCACGAUGCCGCCAUAACAGCCUAUUCGACAUGUGCAAGGUUAUAUCCUGGAUCGCACUUGCCGCUUACGUUCGCUGGCAUGGAGUACUUGACCUUGGCGCACCAGCUCGCCGCCGAGACACUGAAUGCAGCGUAUGAUAUCUGCGAUAGUGACCCGCUAACACUGAACGAGCGUGGUAUCGUGAUGUUCAACCUGGGCAACUACGAGGAAGCGGUAACUCUCUUCAGCAGAGCCAUAGAAUUAGCGGGAGGCACGCAGAGUGCUCAGGAAACUUGGCUCUCGACAUACAUUAAUCUUGGUACCAGCUACCGGAAACUAAAACGCUAUGAGGAGGCGAGCACCGCGUACGAAAACGCCAUCCGGGUAGACUCUCGAUCUGCUGCAGCGUUUUCAUUCCUGGGCUUAACCCAACAUCUUUUGGGUGACAUGGACCAAGCCAUCGUUCGUUAUCACGAAGCGUUGAGCAUUGACCCCAUGAAUCCUUUCGUUCUGGAACUGCUUAAUAUGGCGCUGGAG